AGCUUCCACGGCUCAAAAUUAGUUGGCAGGUCGUUGUUCAAAUGUAGACGGUGCAGCAUGCGUCCAUUUCUGCGACGUGAGACAUGAGGGGCCCCAAGCAGAGUACAAACUCAGCUCUUCCUCGCUCCAGCCCCAGUGUGUUGAAUCGUGCUGGGAGAGGCGCAAGCGGCGCAAGUGAGAAAAAACUGGUUGCUUCGGGAUAUGACGCAAAUGCUGCCUCUUCCCGCGAAUCCGAUGCUGUUCAAAGAAGUGAACCAGACUCCAGAGCAGGUUCAAGUCAUCGAGUUCCUUCCCGUACACGGCCGUCAGCUCUGGGCAUGGCAUAUGCACGUGGGGCGCAGAGAAUGAGAGCAAAGCAAGCACAGGGGGCAUUGCAAUCAGAUCACGAGAAGCCUCUCUUCGUCCUAGAACUGGUUGUGCGCAUCGCGUGCGCAGCAUUUCAAAAUGCAUGGAGAGAAGUGUGUGCAGUGAGAGCAUGUUCACUUCAGCUUCGGGAUAUUUGCUCUGAGGAUCAUAUCUGGGAACAGCUGUUCAAACUGCGAUGGCCGCAACAAACGAUCGCGCCAACACAACAACACUAUUCAGGAUGGCGAAAAGCGUUUUUGACCCGCUUGCGACGAGUCCAGGCAAGUUUCCUUGCGCGGAAUAUGCCAACUUUGGUGCAAAAAAAUCGGCGCCGUGACGGAUUUCCAGAUUUACGGAAGGUGUACGAGGCCUUGCGGAUGAGCUUUUCUUUGUCGAUUUCACAGGGAUCAAAAUCUCAGCAAUUCUUUUUCAAAGCCGACACCUCUAUACAGCUUUUCGAGUCUGCGUUGUGCCUUCGAUGUACAUUCUCAAGUCAGCUUCGUCACCCUUUGCAUUUUCACCUUCGAGGUAGAUCAUCUGCUGUGGGAAAGGAGGAGCUUAUUUUGACAUCAAGCCUGCAAAAGCCACAGGACUGGCAGGAAGCAUCGAGUGAAGGGGACUGCAAGUUUUUGAGAAGCCCGUGUGGCCGUCUCUUUUUGGCAUUUUGGAGUGACAAUACUCUCGCUGGUAUGUAUGUCACAUUGCAUUAUGCACAAAUCUUGUGUCCUGUACUUGGUGAAAGCGAAGCUUGGGCACUGCUUGCUGCACGGCCACAGCCAGAUGAUCUGGAUUCCUGUCUCGGGCUUCAUGACUACACAGUCGCCUUGUCUCUCCGAAGUGCGAAACUGGAAUGCUUUUCCAACACCUUCUACAAGGUCCACUUGUUCGGAUUGGGUUCUAGCACCAACAAGUCCGGAUUCGGCGGUGUUGUGGUGGACAGCCGAAGCUGUGUGGAGCAGAGACAUGCCCCAAGUGCAGCUUCGGCAAGGCCUGUGUCUCGUCACCAGCGCAGCGACAAGGCCUACCAUGAAGAGGUUUGCCACUUUGAGGUUUUGGCGCCCCAUGACUCUGGAGUCCAACCUCCGUUUCCGUGUACACGACCUCCGCAGAUAACCUUUCAGACGGCUGCCUUCAAAUCAAUCUUGCAGAACCACACUUUCAUGGAUGUGACUGUUUUCGAUGAGCACGGACACAUCUUUUGGGCUGCGUCAGCAGUGUGCCAGGCGACUGAAGUGUGUCCUCAUGAAUCCUCCAUGGAGAGGUAUGUGCAGGUCGACUUCGAUCGCAGCACCUCAGCGGGAAGUCGACCGGUGCAGUGGCUAUGCCUGGCAGACCGGGGAGCUGCUCAAGUCUUGGUGCAGUUGGAAUAUGACUGCAGUACGUCAACCAUCGGGGAUUCAGGCAAACGUCAACCGGUUCCGCGCGUAAAUGCAGUGACCCUGCAUCCUGAAGUCGGCUUUCUGGAUGAAUGGUGGGGCUCAAGACACUGGCCAAAGCAUGCCAAGCACAAGAUCGAUCAUGGCCCUGAGAGAAGCGAUCCAUAGUAGAACCAUGGCCAUAGGAAGUGUCCGCAGAUCACCGGACACAUGUGCCGUAAUCUGCAUACAGAGUGGCUCUGCUUUGCAUGCCAAAAUGGUCUGACAGAAAAAGACCGAGAGGGUGAGAAGCAAAAGGAAGCACAGUGUGACGAAGAGUAAGUGCAAUGUGGCUUGCCACGCUGCUUCUCCCUUUGCUACUCUAUCUACUUUGAUUCUUUUGCUCUUUUCCGCGAUAGAAUCUUGAAGUUGCACGAAGAUAGAUUUAGCCUUGCAGCACCAUAGAACUGCUUCUGGGUUCACCAUGCCAUUAUGCCUUGACACCGUUAUCGAGUACAUCUUCUGCAAGUCUGCCG